AUGGCGGCCAUGCGCAGCACGUUUCUGACCAUUCUCCUGGCGACAUCUUCGGCCUCCAGCGUGGCGGUGACCGCGAAUCCCGUCCGCAAGGUCGUGACGCUGCUCCAGAAGAUGGAGGUCGCCGUGAAGGCCGAGGGCGAGAAGGAGAAGGAUCUCUUCGACAAGUUCAUGUGCUACUGCAAGACUGGCACCGGCGACCUCACGACCAGCAUCUCCGCGGCGGAGACGAAGAUCAGCACCCUGACGGCCGACACCGCGAGCGCGAGCAGCGCGAAGGACUCCACGGAGUCCGUGCUGGCGCAGUCGAGGCGCCAGCUUGCAGCCCACCCGUCGCGCAUCUUCGAGGAUGGUACAGGCGGCCCCGCUGCGCAGACUGCGGCGCUGCGGCCCAGCCCCGUCGACUGCGACCGCGACCUGGAGGCCGGGCUCCCCUGGGGCAGCAACUGCUGGGUCGAGGACCUCGGCCGCCCCCCCUGCGUGGUGGACGCGGCUCCCGCGGCCGAGCCCGCCCCGGGGGCCCGGGAGGCCGCCUGCCUCCGGCCGCAGACGCUGGAGCUGAGGCUGCCGCGGGAAGCGAGGCCCGGCGAGCUGGUGGUCGCGGAGGGCCCGCACGGCACCGUCGAGGUGGAGCCCCCCGCCGACCACAAGCCCGGCACGAAGGUCCGGCUUCGGCUCGGAGCGCCCCCCGAGCUGCGCAUCCAGGUGCCCGAGGACGGGAAGCCCGGCGACCGGCUGCAGGUGAUCCGGGCCGACCGCGUCAGGAUCGCCGCGCGCGUGCCCGAGGGCACGAAGGGCGGGGACUUCUUCAAGGUGGCCGUCCCAGCGGUCGUGGUCGCGGUCCCCGAGGGAGCGAAGACCGGCGAGCUGGUGACUUUCCGCGUGCCCCCGCCGGAGGGCAAGGGCAAGGGCGAGUGGAUGCAGGCGCGGUGCCCCAGCGAGCUCCUGUACGGCAGGUAUUUUGCCGCCUGCAUGCCGCUGACGGCUGGCAAGCAGCAGAGGUAG